CUCGCCGCGGCCAUGCCCCGGCCCCGGUAACGCGCCUGCCGCAGCUCGCGCCCCGCAGCCGCGCCGCUCCGCGCCCGCCGCCGCCUCUUCAAUGGGCAACCUGCUCGGCGGAGUCAGCUUCCGCGAGCCCACCACCGUGGAGGACUGCGACUCCACCUGGCAGACGGACUCGGAGCCCGAGCCCGAGCCCGAGGAGCCCGGGCCGGGCGGCGGCGGCGAGGGCCUGGGGCAGGAGCCCGAGCUGCCCGCGCAGCCCCCGGAGCGAGCCGGCGGGCGUUCCCGCGCCAGCCCCGCGCCGGACGAGGACGCCGAGGCGGCGCGCGCCGAGCAGGCUGCUGAUUCCACAGAAGCAACUGCCAAACCAAAGAGAAGUUUUUAUGCUGCGAGGGAUUUGUACAAAUAUCGACACCAGUACCCACAGAACUUCAAAGAUAUCCGAUAUCAAAAUGACUUGAGCAAUCUUCGCUUUUAUAAGAAUAAAAUUCCAUUUAAGCCAGAUGGCGUUUACAUUGAAGAAGUUCUAAAUAAGUGGAAAGGAGAUUAUGAAAAGCUGGAGCACAACCACACUUACAUUCAAUGGCUUUUUCCCCUGCGAGAACAAGGCUUGAACUUUUAUGCUAAAGAACUAACUACAUAUGAAAUUGAGGAAUUCAAAAAAACAAAAGAAGCAAUUAGAAGAUUUCUCCUGGCUUAUAAAAUGAUGUUAGAAUUUUUUGGAAUAAAACUGAUUGAUAAAACUGGAAAUGUUGCUCGGGCUGUUAACUGGCAGGAAAGGUUUCAGCAUCUGAAUGAGUCCCAGCACAACUACUUAAGAAUCACCCGUAUUCUUAAAAGCCUUGGUGAGCUUGGAUAUGAAAGUUUUAAAUCUCCUCUUGUAAAAUUUAUUCUUCAUGAAGCUCUCGUGGAAAAUACUAUUCCCAAUAUUAAGCAGAGCGCUCUGGAGUAUUUUGUUUAUACAAUUAGAGACAGAAGGGAAAGGAGGAAGCUCCUGCGGUUCGCCCAGAAACAUUACACGCCUUCAGAGAACUUUAUCUGGGGGCCACCUAGGAAAGAAGAGUCAGAAGGAAGCAAAGCCCAGAAAAUGCCCUCCCCUCCCACCUCCAGUCAGACUUCUAUGCACAAAAAACCUAAGGACUCCAAAAAUUCCUCCUCAGCUGCUCACGUAACUAGCAAAGCAGCUGAAGAAAAGAAAGUGGCACCCAGGGAGCCCGGAGAGGAGACAGACGGGCCCAGCGCCGGGCCCAGCGCCGGGCCCAGCGCCGAGCCCAGCGCCGAGCCCAGCAGCGAGACUGCCGGGCCAAGGAGCGCCGAGAAGGACGGCAACGCCGAGCACUCAGAUUCUCUACCAGAAAAAACAACGAGUGAUCCCACCGAGGAAAAGCAGAGUGCACCGCCUCCUGAAGAAGGCGAAGAAGGUGAAAAUCAUAACAAAGACUGUGAGAACCCUGGAAGUCCAGGCUCUCAGGAUGAUGCGCUGUCACAGGGAAUUAUCGGAACCCCACCAAGCAGGGUAGGUUAGGCAGGAGAAAGUUGCGGGGCAGCCUUUCCUAGAGAACACGGGUCAUGUUUCAAUUCACAUUGUAGCCAUCUGCUUGUGAUUUAUGUUGUGAGCAUUUCGUUGUGGUUUUCUUUAAGUUUUGGAUGGCAAUAAGUUUAAUAAGAUGCUUUAAGAUAAAACGUGAUCUGUAACACUUUUAGGAUGUGAGUUUACAAAUUCUGUACACAAUAAUUAUUUUAUAAUUAUUUUUAUGUAUCUGGAAAUAGUCACGGAGUAUUGGUAAUAUCAAAUAAAUUCUAUCGAGAGAUUAUAGUCUACCUGACGGAAACCAACAGGAUAAUUUCACUAUGUUGCCACACCUUUGACCGAUUUAUGGGUUAAUUAUUUUUAAGCUGGAAGAAUCUGGUCUUCUCAGAUGUAAUCAGAAAGUAAUUUGGAUUUUUUUUAUUAUUACGACAGCUCAACAUGUUUAUUUUGACAUCCCGAUAGAUGAAAUGGAUAUCUUGGGGAAGCUGUGAUCCCUCCGGCCCAUUUGUCAGUCUUUCGGCCUUUCCCCGCCCCCUCUGCACUCCCCCUCCUGAACCUGCAUUCCUCCUGUGCAUUCGGGGGCACUCCUGUGUUAACAUUGAAGUGGAACAGAGGGGAACUUUCCACUGUGUGAUUUCAAGAAUUUGCUUUGCUUGAAACAAUAAAGUUGUUUUCUGUA